AUGAGUAGUACAAUUCGUGCUUCGCAACUUGUCUCAUCAUCAGCUACCGAUGAGAAACAGCCGUCAGUUUUUGAUAUCAUUGCUCAAGAAAAUCUUGCGACUUCUAUCAGACCAGCACUUCAGCAUCUCGUCAAGGUUAGCUGCUUCCUACUUUUAAGGCUAGCAAAUAUCGAAUAUUUUCAGUACCUGGCCUUCUUCAAGCCAAAAACCUUUCUCUCUGUGCACAAAAACUUUGAUGAAUACUACCUCAUUUUCGAUCUGAUUUUGCAGAAUCAUUAUUUGAAGAAUUAUGGAGCCUCAUUUACGGAAAACUUCUAUUCCAUGAAGCGAGUGGUCACAAAAAAUGGAUCUAUGCCGAAUGACGGUAGAGAAAGGAUAUUGUCACUAUUGACACUCGUUGGAUGGCCAUAUGUGGAGGAUAAGCUGAAUCAACUUCAUGAUAGACUCAAGGAAGUUUACGAGAUCAGAAGUUGGUCAUCGAUUACUGACAUCAAAUCAAAAUGCCAGAAAAUGUUCGUUGUCAUCUGGCCAUACAUCAAAACAGUUCUCAAAGCAGUGAAGACAGUCCUCCAACUGGCCUACAUUCUAAACCGCAGCUCCAUUCACUCCCCAUGGCUCUAUUUCUCAGGUGUCGUCUUGAAACAUCUCACUCCAGAAGAUUUGGAUGCUUUCAAUGCAGUGCCAUUACACUUGCAGACGGGAUUCUUCAACCGAAUCUGGCGCUUCUUCCUAGGACUCCCAGGAAUUAUCUCAAGACUAUUUGCCUAUGGACUGUUCUUCGUGCAGUUUCUAGACUAUAUGUACAACACUGACUUGGCAAAACUGACAAAGACAGGACUCAACAGUGCCAUCCCACCUCCACCACACAAAAUGAUCAUCAAAGAAAGUGAGGUGCUCAGUUUGGACACCAACAAAUGUCCAAUCUGCUUGAAGAAGCGUGUAAAUGACACCGCAUUGUUUGUCUCAGGAUAUGUGUUUUGCUAUACAUGUAUCAAUCAAUAUGUGAACACUUAUCAGAAGUGA